CUUGACUCCUCCCAAGUACAGCAAACUUCGAAUAACAACCUAUCGAAACACCAUGGAACAGGCAAAGGAGGCAGUUGAGAAGGUGGCAGAGGGUGUCAAAAAUGUUGCCAUUGGAGAGAAGAAACCGAAAGCACCCAAAGCACUAAAGCCUAAGAAGGAGAAGGGAGGGGAUAGUGGGGUCGAUGCCGGACCUUUAGAACUCAACCCAGCGCCAGAAUUUAUCGCUCAUCGCAUAGCAGUUUUCGACAAGUUGAAGGCAAAAUAUGACGCGGAAAUCGCUGCAAAACCAAGAGAUCCCAUCACCAUUACUCUUGCGGACGGAUCUGUUAAGGAGGGUAUUGCUUGGGAGACCACACCCGCCCAAAUCGCAGAGGGAAUCUCGAAGAGUCUUCUCAAGCGCACCGUUGUUGCGAAAUUGAAUGGGGAUUCUGAGCAACUAUGGGAUUUGGAGCGACCCUUAGAGAAGGAUUGCACACUUGAGCUGCUCCCUUUCGAGAACGAAGAGGGCAGAAGAGUCUUCUGGCAUUCUAGUGCUCAUAUCUUGGGCGAAGCCUCAGAAAGACGAUUCGGUUGCAGUUUGUGUAUCGGCCCCCCAAUCGACAAUGGUUUCUACUACGAGAUGGGUUUGCCAAAUCAAGGAACAGUCACUGACGCAGACUGGAAGCCCUUGGAGACAUUGGUCGGUCAAAUUGUCAAGGAGAAGCAAAAGUUCGAGCGACUGGUUCUUUCUAAGGAUGAUCUUCUGGAGAUGUUCAAGGACAACAAGUACAAGCAACACAUCAUCAAGGACAAGAUCGCUGAUGGAACCAACACCACUGUUUAUCGUAACGGACCUCUUAUCGAUUUAUGUCGAGGUCCUCACGUCCCUAACACUGGCAGAAUCGAGACAUUUGCUAUCAUGAAGAACUCAGCAUCUUACUUCCUCGGAAAUAAGGAAAACGACUCUUUGCAAAGAAUUUAUGGUGUCUCAUUCCCUGAUAAGAAGCAAAUGGCUGAGCACAAGAAAUUUCUGGAAGAGGCUGCAAAGCGUGAUCACCGAAAACUUGGUAAGGAUCAAGAAUUAUUCUUCUUCCACGAAAUGUCACCUGGAUCUGCCAUGUGGUUGCCACACGGUGCUCGUAUCUAUAACACAAUCAUGUCAUUUUUGAGAGAGCAAUACUGGACCCGUGGCUACGAAGAAGUUAUUACGCCAAAUAUGUACAACUCCGAACUUUGGAAGACCUCCGGUCACUGGGCGUAUUAUAAGGAUGACAUGUUCACAUUCCCUGUCGAGAAGGAUACUUUUGCUUUAAAGCCCAUGAACUGCCCUGGCCAUUGCUUGAUGUUUGGUCACCGCGAGCGCAGUCACAGAGAAUUGCCUUGGAGAGUUGCAGAUUUCGGUGUUCUUCAUCGCAAUGAAGCUUCGGGUGCGUUGACCGGUUUGACUAGAGUAAGAAGAUUCCAACAAGACGACGCCCACAUCUUCUGUAGGGAGGACCAGAUCAAGGAUGAAAUCACUGGUUUGUUCGACUUUCUCAAGGCUAUUUACGGUCUUUUGGGUUUCACCUUCAAGUUGAACCUCUCUACUCGCCCAGAAAAGUACUUGGGUAAACUCGAGACUUGGGAUAUGGCAGAGGAGAAACUCCGAUCUGCUUUGGACGAAUUUGCGGCAACUGAUGGUGGAGUACCAUGGGUACUUAACGAAGGCGACGGUGCUUUCUAUGGCCCAAAGAUUGAUAUCACUAUUUGCGAUGUCCUCAAGAGAGAAUGGCAAUGCGCUACAAUCCAACUUGAUUUCCAGUUACCUCAAAACUUUGGACUUGAAUACAAUACCGGUGAUGUACCAACUAAGAAGGAUGAAGACGCCGUCAAGGAGCCCAUCGUCAAGCCAAAGAAGAAUGCUGAACCAGAGGAUCCAAAUGCUCCACCAAAGGAAAGAGUGUACAAGCCACUUACCCCUGGAUGUGCCAGACCAGUCAUGAUUCAUCGAGCUAUGGCAGGUAGUAUCGAACGUUUCACUGCUAUCUUGAUUGAGCAUUUCGCUGGUAAAUGGCCUUUCUGGCUAAGUCCUCGACAAAUCCUUGUUAUCCCAGUCGGAGUUGGUUACUUUGAAUAUGCCAAGGAAGUGCAAUCCAUCUUCCACAAACAACAAAUGUUCAUUGAUGUUGACCUCAGUGGCAACACUCUUCAAAAGAAGAUCCGUACAGGUCAAUUGGCACAAUACAACUUUAUUUUUGUUGUCGGCGACACAGAAAUGAAGGGUCGUGAAGUCAAUGUUAGAAAUCGUGACGAUACCUCGAGUCAAGAUCGAGGAAAGCCUGUUUCAUUGCAAGAAGCAAUUGAGAAACUCACAGCACUUCGUGAUGAGCGAAGGUCGGAUAACCCUUUCCCAGGUGAAGCGAAGCCUGUCGAGGCAGCUGCGGCUCCUGUUGCGCCUGCUGCUUAAAAAUGAGAUGUUGGAGGAAGGAAUUUUAGGAGCAUGAUAAGAUGAGAAGAUAGGUACGAAGAUGAUGAAAUAAGGAUUUGUUAAAUACGAGCAUGAGAUAUAUGACCACUGCAUAAGAAAGGGCGUGAGAUGCAAUGCGUUUUCCUUGCUGUUAGUAUGCUAGAUUUAGCGUCAUAUGAGGGAUAAGGAGAUGACAAGAAUGAAAAGAGAAUUACAAUUUCAUAAUGGUUUCGUGGUUUGUAGUGCCGGUCCGUUACACAAAACGCAAGCUCAUAUUUAUCAUCCUACGUGGAGGGCAGGGAGCUAAGUUAUUCACUUCAAGGUUACCAAGCUUUCGAUUAGCGAAUAUUUCAAAAUGCGGAAAGGGAUAAAAUCUUUUGGCUUGAACGUUAAGCUUGUUUGUUUGUAUUGCCUGCCCAUUUAAAAUAUUCAAUCCACAUGAACGUUUCAAUUCAUCUGCAAGCUCCAAUCCAAUUUGAAUGCCCAACACCUUCUCAAUUCCCGAUCCACUUGAAAGUUCCGACCCUUUUGAAGGUCCAGAUUCAUCUGAAAAUCUCAGCCCAACUAAAGAUCUUAACCCAUUCCCAACAUCCAC